UUUACUUCUCAGUUGUAAGCAUAACCUCUGAGGAAAGGUUAGACUUUUUUUGAAAGACAAAAUGAAUCAAACUGACUGCACUGAUCCUGACAAGGAACUAUUUGAGCACAGGAUCCUGCCUACUCUUUACAUCUUAGUGCUCAUCGUUGGGCUGGUAGCUAAUGGAUGGGGACUGAAGUCUUUGCUGCACAACUGGAAGAAACUGAGGAAUGUCAAUGUCUUUAUGCUUAAUCUUGGACUUGCAGACAUUUUGUAUCUGCUGACACUUCCCUUCCUGGUGGUGUACUACUUUAAAAAAAGUACAUGGAUCUUUGGAGACGAGUUCUGCAAGGUAACAAGAUUCUGUUUCCACCUGAAUCUGUACUGCAGCAUUGGCUUCCUCACCUGUAUAAGUGUGUACAGGUACCUGUCCAUUGUCCAUCCAGUGAGAGUGAUGGGAAGAUUAACUGUGACUCACUCUGUGAUCAUCUCAGUCCUGGUUUGGAUCCUGGUGGGUGUUCAAAGUCUUCCAGACAUGCUUUACCCCAAAACAUCCCAAAACAAGACUCAGUGUUAUGACAGCACUUCAAAGGAAUAUGUUGAGGAUUACCUGAAGUACAACCUUGGAUGGACUCUCACUGGAUUUUGCAUCCCGCUCCUCAUCACACUGGGAUCCUAUGGACAUGUAAUUUUUGUUCUCGUUCAUAAAAAUACAAUUAACAAGGUCCGAAAGCAAAGAAGCCUGAGGUUGUUGUUCAUUUUGAUUUUUCUCUUCUCAGUUUGUUAUACACCCCACCAUGUGUUCAAAAACCUCAAUUUAUAUUCCAGAGUUUUGAAAAAGCAGAACGUGUGUAAAAACUGGUAUUUUGGGGUCUUCAGGACUCAUCAGCUCAGUCGUGCUCUUGUGAGUCUGAACAGUGCUCUGAACCCUCUGGUUUUCCUCCAUGUCAAUGAGGACACUUCUGCUCGGUUCAGACAGCUGCUCCAGAGAGUUCAAGUGAUGUUUCAGCGGAUAUUUGAGUCUAAAUCAGUUACUGAUCCUGUAACUGAUGAAAAUGUACUUUAAUAGUUUGAAUUAAUCCUAUGCUUUAAAAGACAAAAAAAUGUUUAAUUUACAUGUAUUGUAAAAAAAAAAGUCUUUAUUUUUCUAUAACUACUGCAUUUUUCACACUUUUGAGUACUGCUGGCACAUUCUAUAAAUUUUGCAAAUAAACAAGAUGUUCG